AUGUCCAAAGCUGUGCUCAUCAAUAAUAUGCCACAGUAAAAUUAAGUACAGCAUAGAAAUUUUGUUGCUUCCUCACAGAACCCGAAUGUUAUGAGAUUGAACUCACGCGAAAAUAUCUUUCAGGAUGAAGACUAUUUCAAAGAUAAUGAGUCUUCUCAUUCUGGAAUGAGCAAUCUCUCAAAAAGACCAAGAGAACUAAAACCUGCAAAAAUCAAAGUAGAUGUUAGAAUGCUUAGAUAGAAUUCAAGCAAGAGACAAUCAAUCAGAGUACUACUUUAGGGAUAAUCUUCCUCAAAGGAACUAAAUUUGUAAAAAAUUGGACACGGCUUAAGCAGUCUUAACUCAUCAAUAGCAUUUCCUAAAGAUGUUGGUAAUGAUUAAUCCCCUAUUAAGAAGUUGAUAAGAAAAUCUUCCUCUAAUGAUAUUAGCGUUAUAGAUGAUAUACCAAAAAAGGUAUAGUUUCCAAAUAAUCCUCUUAUAUCUAUCCCUGAAAAGAGAAUCUAAACACAAAAACCACAAAAGAGACUCUAAUAGUAAAAAAGCUAAAUUCAAAGUCCCAAUAAGCUCCUAUCUCCAACAAAGGGUCAUUUAUCUCCAGAAAUUGUGAUAGAUUUAAAUUAGAAAGAAAACAUAUUCAAUCAAGAUAUUAGAGUUGUCUAACAAUAUGAUAUAAGAGAUAAGGAAAAGUAGAAGAAGAAGAAAAUUAGACCUAAUAAAAAAGACCUAAAUUUAACAGUUGAUUAUUAAUUAAAUCGAGACUAAUCUACAAAUAAGUUUCAACAGUAGACAAGAGUAUAGACUAUAAUGGACCGAUAUAAAAGAUAAUAGGGUACUUUGACAAACCAGAAUAAAAAUACUAUCAUUAGUCAAGAUUUUAAAAUAAGGAAUAUGUCAGCUGAAAAAUAACUUAGGAGUAAAUUAUUUAACAAUAAAUUAGCUUAAAAAAUUAAAAUAAAAAUUUAGUCUGAGUCUGAAGAAGAUGAAAAUUAAGAAGAAAGCUCAUCAGCUGAAAGAAAAAGAAUUUUCGCAAAAUGCUUUCCCACAGCAUUAAUGAGAAAAACCUAUAAUUCAAAUGUUAAUGGGAGCUUGACAGAGAAAAAAUAAAAUGGUGAUUACCCUAAGGGAAAUGCAUAUCUGAAGGAACAUAUUUAGUAGAAUGGUUAAAUGAGAAAGUCAUUUAGAGAUGAAGAGAUAACUUAUAGAGAAAAAAUGAAUAUAGUCAUAAACCAAAAUAACUAUACAACAGACCUUCGUAAAAAAUUUCAAGAUCUUUCCUAAAAUUUCGACGAGGCCAAAGUUAUGUCUGAAGCCUCAAAGAAUGUGCUAAAUGAAUCCUUAAUGAAUGGUUUCUACAAUUAAUUAAGCUUUUUAGACAAAUUGGGAGUGUCUUAAACAAAGAAGCAAAUUUAGAGCAAAGAGUUAUCUCAAUUGCUUCAUGAUACAAGUCAUAUGAAUUCAAUGAUAUCAGCAAUCAAAUUCAAAAGAUUUAAGGAAGAAAUGGUUGAGCGCAAGCAAUCUCUCGCCUUUAAAUUAUCGAAAAUCUACUGCGUGAAGAAACACUCCAAAAACGUCUAUGAGUAUCUAACAAAGGGACCCAAUAAAAAUAAGAAUGAGGGUUUUCUAGAAGAUGCUGAUAGAGAAAAGUUUAACCUAAACAGAAGUUCAAUAUAGCAAAGUAUGAAUCAAUGA